AUUCCCUCCUUCCCCUCGCUCUCCCCUACCCCCAGCAUUCCCGCCGCCAUGGGGCUGACGCGGCAGUACCUGCGGUACGAGCCCGCCGCGCUCUUCGGGCUGGUGGCGAGCGCCAGGGGCAGCGUGGCCUUCGUGGCGCUGCGCGGGGAGCGGGGCCGCUACGUGGCCGUGCCGGGCUGCGAGCACGUGUUCGUGUGGGACACUCGGAAAGGAGAGAAGGUUCUUAUCCUGAAGGGUCUCAAGCAGGAAGUCAGUUGCCUCUGCCCGUCUCCAGAUGGGUUGCACUUGGCUGUUGGGUAUGAAGAUGGAUCAAUCCGUGUCUUCAACCUCCUAAGCGGAGAAGCGAGUAUCACUUUCAAUGGACACAGGGCUGCAGUUACAGCGCUGCAGUACGACCAUCUGGGUGGCCGCCUGGUGUCUGGCUCAAAGGAUACCGAAGUCAUCGUGUGGGAUGUCAUCAAUGAGAGUGGUCUGUACCGGCUGAGAGGACACAAGGAUGCUGUCACUCAGGUCCUUUUCUUGAAGGAGAAGAACCUGUUGGUCACCAGGGGUUCCUUUUCCUCACACUGUGCCUCUGGACAGGUCUGGGGGAUGGCUUUGCUAUCCAAAGAGAAGCGUCUGAUCACUGGGAGUGCUGACAGUGAGCUGAGGGUGUGGGAUCUCACGUACAUCCAGGAGGUAAAAGACCCUGAUGAGCCAGAGUCCAAGAAAAGCAAAGGGCCUUCACCUGGCACUGAAGAAAACACUGAAGAGGACGAGACCUUAGAGUUGGAUGAGCAUCCUGAGGAACGCAUCGUUAAGUGCAGCAAAGUUGGAUCCAUCGUGCGGGAAGGGAGAGACCGAGUAGUUACUCUUGCCACAGACCGAAUGGGCAAGUUUUUGGCCUGCCAUGGAACAGAUGCUGUUCUGGAAGUGUUCACUGUCCUUUCUGAAGAGGAAUUGCAGAAGAAAUUGGAAAAGAAAAUUAAGAAAGCAAAGAAAAAAGCCAAGCAGAAGUCUGAAGAGGCACCUGAAAGUGUGGAGCUGAGCCUGCAGGAGGAGAUUCAGCGGGUCACUAAUGUCAAAGCUUCCUCUAAAAUCAAGUCAUUUGACUUGAUUCUCUCUCCAAAAGGAGAGCUGAAGAUUGUACUGUUGCUCCAGAACAACGUCAUUGAGUCAUACAACCUGGACCUGUCAGCACAAGUCCCACAGGCUGUCCGUGCGUCCAAGAUAACCAUUGGAGGCCACCGCAGUGAUGUCAGGACGUUGGCUUUUAGCUCUGACAACAUUGCCAUUCUCUCAGCAGCUGCAGAGUCUGUAAAGAUUUGGAACAGAUCGACCUUGCAGUGCAUCCGGACGAUGGACUGUGAGUACGCGCUCUGCUCGCUCUUUGUCCCAGGAGAUCGGCAGGUCAUUGUUGGCACCAAGACAGGGAAGCUGCAGCUGUAUGACCUGGCUUCUGGGAGUCUGAUGGAGACACUUAAUGCUCACGAUGGGGCAGUGUGGUCCAUUGCUCUUUCACCAGACCAGCGUGGCUUUGUGACAGGAGGUGCUGAUAAAUGUGUCAAGUUCUGGGAGUUUGAGCUUGUGAAGGAUGAGAGCAGUGUUCAGAAAAGGCUUUCCAUGAAACAUGUGCGCAUUUUACAGCUGGAUGAAGAUGUUCUCUGUGUACGGUACAGCCCCAACCAGAAACUCCUGGCUGUCUCCUUACUGGAUUGCACUGUGAAGAUUUUCUAUAUUGACACGCUCAAGUUUUUCCUCUCUCUGUAUGGACACAAACUGCCAGUGCUGUGUAUGGACAUCUGUUAUGAUGGGACUCUAAUUGCGACUGGCUCUGCUGACAGGAAUGUGAAGAUUUGGGGCUUGGAUUUUGGAGACUGUCACCGUUCUCUCUUUGCCCAUGAUGACAGUGUGAUGUAUCUGCAGUUUGUGCCAAAAUCCCAUCUCUUCUUCACAGCUGGGAAGGACAGCAAGAUCAAACAGUGGGAUGCAGAUAAAUUUGAACAUAUCCAGACCCUGGAGGGGCAUCACCAGGAGGUGUGGUGUUUGGCACUCAGUCCCAAUGGAGACUACGUGGUGUCAGCAUCCCAUGACAAGUCCCUGCGCCUCUGGGAAAGGACGAGGGAGCCACUUAUUUUGGAAGAGGAGAGGGAGAUGCAACAAGAAGCUGAAUAUGAAGAGAGUGUGGCAAAGGAAGAGCAGCCUGUGGUGCCUGGAGAGACGCAAGGAGAGACAGGCCUGGCUGGAAAGAAGACUAUUGAAACCAUUAAAGCGGCUGAGAGGAUCAUGGAAGCUAUUGAGCUGUACAGAGAAGAGAUGGCAAAACUAAAGGAACACAAUACCAUAUGCAAAGCUGCAGGGAAAGAGGUUCCCUUUCCUGUCAACCCCAUCCUCCGUGCCUAUGGAAAUAUUACGCCUUCUGCGUAUGUGCUAGAAGUUUUCAAGAAGGUCAAGUCAAGUGAAUUGGAAGAAUCUCUCCUGGUGCUGCCCUUCUCCUAUGUCCCUGACCUGCUCAGACUCUUCAAUGAAUAUAUUCACCUGGGUUCAGAUGUUGAACUCCUGUGCCGAGCUCUCCUCUUCCUGCUCAAGAUACAUUUUGGGCAGAUCACAGGCAACCACAUGCUGGUGACAGUGAUAGAAGAUCUGAAGAAAACUACCAUCUCCAGAGUCAGUGAGGCCCGGGAUGUACUGGGAUUCAACAUGGCAGGGCUCCAGUUCCUGAAGAGGGAGAUUGAGGCCAAGGAUGAGGUGACAUUUUUUGCUGAUGCCACUGAACGUUUUGAGGAGAAAAAGAGGAAGAGGAAGAAGAAAGAGAAGAUGGUUCUUGCAGUGCUCUAGCAUUUGCUGCCCAAGACCCAGAGCACCUGGAUGGAGUCACGUAACCUCAGUGCUGGCCAUGGAAGUGUUCUUGUGGCUGAACAUUGGUGCUGAUGUCCAGUGGCUGGGACAAAGUCUGUCCCCUCCCCAAGUGGUAUAACCAGCUUGUAAACCCAACUCAGAAUGGUUGUCUCUGAGGUGAACUAUCUGUAGUCUGCUGCAAAUGUAUGCAUUUGGACUGUUUCUGAGGUGACUGUCAAAGGCACAUGCUCUGCCUCCAGGGGAAUGCCCAUUAGCAGCUGAGUUGAUUAUCCUGUGAAAGAGAUCAGCUCAUUCUGGCAGCACAGAUUCAAUGGAAUCGAGCACAUGGACUGCUGGUGAGACCAUGCCCUGUCCAGGGAAGGCAGCUGGCAAGAUUUCAUACUGUUUCGACACAUGCUCGUGGCUUGUGGCCUCUGGACAAAGCUCAGUGACUUCUGCUGAAGUGUGAGAACUUGAUGUACAGCUGCUCAGUUUUUAGUGGGACAGGGAGAAAUACGGCUGUACUCUGUUAAGGGAAUAUUUAUAUAUGCUCUAUGAGACUCUUUUGUCACAGUGUUUUGUCCUGGUAUUUGUCUAGUAAAGCCUCAGCUGCCUUGCCUUGUG